AUGAGGGUGUCGCAGGCCGAGAUCCAGGGCUUGGAGGACAACCUAGCCUUUUACGUCGCACGGUUCGGCUUGCAAGAAGUGGAGAAUCCGCAUGCACCCCGCAUCUUCGAAGACGGAAAGCCCAAGCGGCUGCUGGAGGCAGUGAAGAAGUAUGUCGACAUGGAGCUGAUUGCUGAGGCCCGCGGCAGAACCCGUGGUUUGCCGGAUCGGGUGCAUGCCAGGAGCCGGCAGUGCACCUCUCUAAUUAAAGAUCCCGCUGUCUGA